GUUGCAGCUGCGCGGAUGGUGGCAACCAUGGCAGGUCGAGCAUCGAUGGUCCGAGACAACUGCGAAGGUGGCAGUGAGACAGGCAUGGCCUACAUCGGCGACGGUAUCGCUUCACUUCCUUCAAAUCUCCGAUUCCCACAUCACGCUCUCGCCGCUGUCUGGUCAAGAAGUAGUGUACGGCAAGAGGAUGCACGAUGCCUUUUACGGCGGCUCGCCGUGCUUGUGGAACAGAUCCACUGUUCAAACUGCUCCCAUGUUCCGCGAACUUGUGGAUGUGGCUGCUUCAGCCGCCGUCGACGCCGUUCUGCUUUCGGGUGACAUCGUGAGCUUUCCCCAGGCCUCCGCAGUCGACACGGUCAGCGGCCUUCUCAACGAGACCAUGCGGUACAAAUGUGGGCCUCAGCAGGGGCGCCGCAUUCCUCACGUCUUCACCAGUGGGAAUCAUGACUGGUUUCUCGAGGGCCUUCCGGGAAGUCAGCCGGAGCUUCAGAGAACCUGGCGGUCUGCGCUGCGUCCGCUGUAUGUCUCCAGCGCAACAUGGGGUGACUAUCCGCAGUUCGACUACUCCAGCAUGGAGGUGGAAGGCGUGCUCCUGGUAGUCAUCGACAACUCACGCUACCAGGUGACCCAUGAGCAGCUGGCCUUCUUCCGGGAGCAAAUGCUUCGCUGGCUGCCCACUGUGCUGGUGCUUCAUGUGCCGCUCUCGCUGACAGACAGUUUGCGGCCCCAUCGCGGCUUCGUCUUGUGUGGUGAUCCUGCUUGGGGAGAGGCCACAGAUCGAUCCUGGCGAGAUGAACGACGGGACCCCUGGCCGAAGGAGGGCAACGACCGUGCCACUGAGCUUUUCCUUGAGGCGGUCCAAGCAGCUGCGGCGCCGGCCGGGCCUCUUCUUGCAGUCUUGACCGGCCACACCCAUGGUCACGAUGCGACAGUCUUUGGACGCUCCGAGGAAGCGGGUCAUGAAAGCAGUUCUUCGGACACCGUGCCGUCUGCUGUCCAGUACAUUUGCGAGCCUUCCAUGCGGGGCGGCCAUCGUUUUCUGAACGUGGUUCUGACCUCCGCCGAAGGCCCGGGUGAGAGUCGAGACAGAAAAGCUGAGUCUCUGAAGAUCGUUCUUUCCCACUCUGCAGUUUCAACGCCAGUCAAUUCCAUGCUUGAGCAUGGGCCUACAUGUAGCACCAUCGACAUGAUGUGUGAUCUUGUCUAUGGCAUUUCAAAAGCAGAAGCUCAGCUCAUUCUCAUGAAGCAAGUCCCUGUUUUCAGCAAUGAGAGAGGACAAAUCGAGAGACUAACCCAGGAAGGAAGGAAGCUACGGCGCAUUCAGACUUGUUACGAAGCUUGGAGCUGUAACAAGCUUCAGCCCAGCUCUUGGAGAAGCAAUCCUACGGCACUCCGACGGCAUUCGUGUUGCGAACCUGUCAUCUCAGUCUUGGCCAGAACCCCUCGGAGUGACUUUGAGCAAGCGCACGGCCGCGCAUGA